AUGGGUCCGCCCCAUCACAACGUGUACGGGUUCACAGAGGGGAAGAGUGCUGCUGACAGCAUGGCCUCCCUUCUGUCCACGAUCAACAACCAGCCGGCUGUUGUGGUCUUCCUCGACCUAGAGAAGGCCUUCGAGCUGAUCUCGCCCACUGCCAUAGCUGAUGCUCUUGCGGCAAAAGGUGUGUCAGGGCGGCUCAGUUGGGCACACGACUACCUUCGCGACCGCUCAGCAAAGGUAAGGUUCCAAGGCCAUGUCUCCAGCGAGCAGGGCUUCGAGAACGGCACUCCGCAAGGGGGCGUCCUCAGCCCAACGCUUUUCAACGCCCUCAUGGAAGCCCUUGCUAAGCUUCCGCUAGGACGCAUCGUCACCCUUCUCAGCUACGCCGACGACCUCGCGUUAGUCGCCGUAGGUAGAGGCAACAGGCUCUCAUGGGCACAGAAGGCUCUCGACUCAGUCACCGCUGCCUGCAGAGACCUAGGUCUCUCGGUUUCAGCCGGGAAGUCGAGGGCGAUGUCGGUCCUCGGCCCGACGCCUGAGCAGAGCCUGAGGAUACAGGGUGUUCGACUCGAGUGGUGCACAGCGUACCAGUACCUUGGAGUGUGGAUCGACCACAGGCUCACCUUCUCGAAGGAGGCUGAGUACCUGAAGAACAGCGUCGUGACUUCUCUCGAGAGGUGCCAGAACGACGCGCUGCGGCAUAUCCUCGGAGCGCCCAGGUGGACGAAGCUAGAGGCUCUGCGAGCCGAGGCUGAGCUCCCUCCCCUGAUGCUCCGGAUCGAACAGGUGGCAGCCGCGUGGGCAGCCAAAACAGUCGUCAGACUGUCCGACACCCCUGCGAGACGAAGGUUACUAACCUCUCUAGCACAGGAUGCCAGGCUUUUCACCGGCAGGACGUGGGCACGAGGGUUAGCGAGAGCGACCCGACUCUCACUCCCGGACGUGGACCUGGCAGGAAGAGGACCGGACGAGAAGGCAGAGGGCUACGUCGACCCGCCGCCAUGGGCUGCGGAUGUGGCUCGCUUCCACAUGGAACCCCUGCCUUUCAGCAAGCAGCAGGGCUCACGCGAGACCUUACUCGCCCACGCAAGAGGAACCCUUGCCCGCACAUCUUCGGAUGGGGCAAGUGUAUACUACACGGAUGGAUCCGUCGACCGAGAGAGAGGCAGAACAGCGGCGGCCUUCGUGAGCGGCGAGGAGACACACGGUUGGCGGACCGGCGACCACUGCUCUACCCUUCAGGCAGAGCUAGUGGCUCUCCUGACAGCGCUCCAGCACGCCCUACGCACCGACAACAAGGACAUCAACGUUUACACUGACUCGAUGACAGCACUUCAGACGCUCAGACGAGACAGGGUACGUGACAACAUCAGACUGGUGACUAUGACACUAGACACUCUGGGACGCCUGCGACGCGACGAGCGAGCCGUGACGUUCGCCUGGAUACCCAGUCACGCGGGUGUCCCGGGCAACGAGGCGGCGGAUGCAGCAGCCAAGCAGGCGCUGGACCAGGACCGGAUCGCGAUCGAGGUCCCUGUUAGCUUACAACAGCUAAAACGCACAGCGAAGAGGACUACAGGAAGGCGCGCGCUCGCGCUAGUGAAGGACGCUGAGGCAACCUCAGCGUCCCUUCAUUGGUACGCCAACGCUACCGGCUACGAGACCGUUCCCCUCCCCUCCUCCUUAGCGAGGAGGGAUAGGGUAAUGAUCCACAGACUGCGACUCGGCUACCCGACCGUUCGCUCCCUCAUAGCGGACUACGAGGGCGAGUUGUCCCUGCACUGCCUGGAGGAUACGGACGGCCCACUCGUCCACUACCUCCUGGACUGUGCGCAGACAGGCCCGCUAAGGACGAUGGCGGCCAGGAGGGGUUACACCCCUUGCGGAGCGAGAAGAACAGCUGCAGCAAGGAUGGUACGGUACCUGACGGACGACCUCGGGACACUCACGAGGUUCCUCAGACAGAGAGAGCCUCCACGAAUCCCCUCCGUUCCGCUCGCCUCCCUCCGACUAUCAGGGCUGGACCCCAUCUAA